AUGUCGGUCUUGUCGCCAGCACGCAACGACCUCUCUGAGAAAGAGAGGGCAUCAGCUAUUGUUACUCGACAAGCACAACCACCACCGGAUGCCUGGUCUCCGACUCGACAGAAUUACAUUGCGAUAUGGUCGCUCUCCAUAAUCUCGAUGGUGGUGGGGUUAGAUACCACCAUUUUGAUCCCAGCAUUGCCUACCAUCGCGGAGGAUCUGAACGCAACAGCCAUUCAAGCCUUCUGGUGCGCAACAUCUUAUGUCCUCAGCUGUACUGUGUGCCAGCUCUUCAUCGCAUCACUAUCGCACAUCUUCGGCCGCUGCGAACUAUUGCUCAUCUCUGAACUUCUCUUCGCCGCUGGUACGGCGAUCGUGUGUUCCGCGCAUGGGAUCGUUCAGCUGCUGGUCGGCCGUUCCAUUCAAGGUAUUGGUGGAGGAGGCAUCGUCGCCCUGGUGCAAGUGGUCUUCACCGAUAUCAUACCUCUGCGCCAUCGACCGAAGUAUCUCGGGUAUCUGCAGGUAGCGUCAGCGCUGGGAACCAUCUCGGGACCCUUGGUGGGGGGAGCGGUUUCGCAGUAUUCUACUUGGCGAUGGAUCUUUUAUAUCAACUUUCCCUUCUGUUUAGGGGGUUUGAUCACCCUGCCCCUCGGGCUGAAGUUCCAGAAAUUUGAGACUUCGUUCGUGUCCAGAUUGUUACUGAUUGACUGGUUUGGUGGCUUUCUGUUCACUGCCAGUGCAACCAGCUUUCUAAUGGCCCUCAGCUGGGGAGGAGUGCAGUUCCCAUGGGGUAGUUUCCACACACUCGUGCCAUUGAUUGUCGGCCUUGUCGGUGUUGGGGUGGCGUUGGUCUGGGAAGCGUAUGGCACCAAGGAGCCGUUUCUCAAGCUGUCUGUGUUUAAUAGUUGGUCUGCUGCAGCGGCGCAGAUCUGCUCCUUCGCUCAAGGCUUUCUGCUCCUGGGCCAACUCUACUAUAUCCCAUUCUAUUUUGAAGGCGUAAAAGGCAUGUCUCCAAUCUUGACAGGCGUGGCUCUCAUCCCUCGAACCUUCACCAACAUCCCAAUCGCCACCAUCACCGGUAUUAUGAUCACUAAACUCGGCCGAUUUCGAUGGGCCGUCUGGUCAGGUUGGAUACUAAGCACGAUCGGCAGUGGGCUAUUAAUCCUUUUCGACGUGCACACCCCCACGGCAGCCUGGGUGAUUAUCCUCCUCGUCAACGGGCUGGGCCAGGGACUGCUUCUAGCCUCCUUGAACGUGGCCGUUUUGGCCAUUGCGGCCGGGAAAAACCCAGGUUUCGCGGUGGCUACUUAUACCUUUACCAGAUUUUUGGGCAUGUCUUUUGGAAUUGCGGUUGGGGGUACAAUAUUCCAGAAUGCGCUUUCACAGUACCUUGCCCACCAAGGCAUUGAUACUGCAAUCGCGCAGAAUGCAGAAGCCUAUAUUAUCGAGUUGAGCUCGGAAGCUGUGAGCGCCGACUACAAGGCGAAGGUGGUGUAUGCCUAUGCACAAGCCUUUCGGUGUGUAUUUAUUGCACUUGCAGCAGUCAGUGCCAUCGCGACUGCGCUAGGCUUCUGUAUUGCAAGUUUUCCCUUGGGGAAGAAGACGCCUUCGGUGCCAGUUUCAGUGCCAGCGCCUCCACCAGAGGGAGGCCCGGAAAAGACACAAGCAGAAGUGUGA